GCCGUGCAGGUGAUAGUUACCGCUGGUGUUUGGAGUUGUAAGAGUUUUACUACGACUGUGCUGUCAGUGCUGCCGCGAGAGACUAAUAGAGCAGGAACAACUAAACUGGAUAAACAAGUCAGUCUGCGUUAGAGAGAAAAGUUUUAUGUCACAUGAUGAUUUUGAAAACGGUGUUCGUGUCUUUAAUGCGAGGAAUCAGAACCGAAGAGUAAGAAUGAUGUUCAUACAGAAGAUGUUACUUGUUGCUGAUGUUGCUGUAGAGUCGUCAGUCUUCUCUGACUGACUGAGUCCAACCAGACACGCAGGCAGGCAGAUAUGGAAAGUGGAGCUCUGGGAAUGGACACCAGUGCUGCUGCCGAUCCUAGAGAGCCAACAGACUACAACGUAGCCUGUGUGCGGCGUCGGGCCUGGGCCCAGAGCAGAGACUCACUCUGGCGAGAAUCAGAACAGGAGCCCCGACAGAGCCAGAAAGAUGAGGACGCAGAGAGAACUUCAGAGGAACCAGGGCAAGUUCCUAACAAUAUCACCAGCUGGCUGAUUGAAUGCAGGACUCCCCUUGGAGCCUCUCUGGAUGAUCAGAGUGCUUCUCCCAGUCGAGGAGCACUGAGGAACGGCUGCAGCUUUGAAGAUGACCUUUCACUGGGAGCUGAAGCUAACCAUCUUCAGUCCAGCAACAAUAAAACUGAAUCCUGUUUUGGUCUUGCGGCGGAUCAGAAGAGGAAUCAGUAUAAAGAGAGAGGAAGAAGUAUGAACUCUACAGGAUCUGGGAAAAGCAGCACUGUGUCCAGUGUUUCAGAGGUGGUGGAGCAGUCACAGGAGCAACCAGAGGAGAUCCUCCUUACCCUGCGUGUAUCAGAGCUGCUGGACCUAUACGAGGAGGACCCGGAGGAAAUCCUCUUAAAUCUUGGUUUUGGUCGUGAAGAACCCGAUCUGGCCUCGAAGGUUCCCUCCAGGUUCUUCAACAACAACUCCACAGCGCGAGGCAUCGACAUCAAGGUUUACCUGGGAGCACAGAUGCAACGCAUGGAACUGGAGAACCCGAACUACGCUUUGACUAGUCGUUUCCGUCAGAUUGAGGUCUUGACCACAGUUGCUAAUGAGUUCUUCCAGCUCUACAGUCAGGUUUCUGGUCAGCCUGUCCAGUGCAUCAGCUCCAGGGACCAAGGAGGAGAAGGAAGAGAAGGGGGAGGUGAUGAGUCGACUCCUGUUCUGAGGAAGACCAACUCUGCUCGCAACGUCGCCAAACUCCUCAAGAAAACCAUCAGCAAACACAACCUGCUUGCGGCUGCCAGCGAGUCACCUGAAGCACAGACACCUAACCAACACACACAACUGAACGGACACACCUCCGCUGAUCAAACACACACUAAUGGUCACGCACACGGCAGUCCAGAGCGGAACAGCUGCUCUACGGACCCUGACCACCAGACGGAGACAGUCAGUCAGAAACACAUCCGCAAGAAAGACAGCCGUUCCCUUGCGACGGUUACCGAGGAAACCAACGGGGAUGGAGAGACAGAUCGGCUGACGGACAACAGUCCUGAACAGAGUGGCACUGGACCAGCAGCCAAUGGAGAGCAUCAACCAGAGUCAGCGGACCUUCAAUCAACCAAUCAGAGAACAGAGGAGGGGACGCAGGUGGUCAAAGACGAGAAGAACUUGACCUCGACCCCAGAGAAAGCUCCUCACAUCCUGGCCCCACCUCAGCUAGCCCAGCUUCGCACUGAAAACGCAGACUCUUUCGACAUGGAGGAGAUCCAGAGUAAUGACGAUGAGGGUCUGCCAUCCAGAACUUCCAGAGCCACCGAUUUGCUGAGGACAGUCAGUCAACAGUCAGACAGCAGCGGUUUUGCUGAGGAACCCUCAGCUGACUCCAACAGCUACCUCAAGGUGCAGGAAAGUAGUGACAGCUGUGACAGCGAGACUACUGUGACAUCGCACCCGUCACAAGAUGUGGCCACGCCCCUUGCACUGGACCAACCAGCAUUUGAUUUGCCCGAGAGCCGAGAGGAAGAGCCGGGGCCUGGUGUUGCUGGCGAGGCCGAUGGGAGGAGAAGUUCCAGGGAGGAAGAUGAGCAUGAUGGGAGUUCAGAACAGGUUCCACAAUACACAGCUCACCAGCUCCCCAGGAACAAACCAAUGGGAGCGCAACAGGAUGAGCCAGCUGACAGUGGGGAGCGGGCUGAUCCUGAACCAGAGCCAGAGAUUCCUCAUGGCUUGUCUCCUGUAGAACAAGAACCACACACUCAGAACCAGACUAGGACCGCUGCAGACGCAGAGCCACCCACAGAGGGAGCGGAAGCUGAAGACAAGGACCAAGGAGAGUGCACAUCUUUGGAUGGUUCUAGUUCACCUUGCCCAGCCCCAUCUUCCCCGGUCCUCAGUGCUCUGAACCGAGCCAAACAGAAUCAGCUGAGCAGAGCUGGGCUACAGGUCGACCCUCAGUCCAGCGAGAUGUCUCAAAUCCCAAGGGAAGGACGAGGAGGACGUGGCAUCCCCCUGCAGAGGUCUUCCUCCCUGCCCUCCUCACUUCUCUCGCCCUCUAGGGUGGUGUCCUCUGUCAGGAUCCAGUUUGGGCGAGGCCAGGCAUCCUGCACCCAGCCCAGGUACUCCUUCAAAUACACCCAGGAGGCCGGAGAGGACAAGGAAGAGGAGGACGAUGAAAAGAAAGAAGAGGAAGAAGAGGAAGAGGAGGUGGAGGAGGAGGAAGGGCAAACCAGCUGUCUAUCCACUCUGAUCAUAAACCCUGCCUCCUCAUCUGGCUCUAUCAACAAACCACCAAGGCUUGCCUCCAUCCCACCUAAACCCAUCCCACGCUACCUGAUGAGGUCAUCCUACUCCCUGCAGAGCUCGAGCCCUCCUCCUGAUUGGUCACCAGGAGGUCACGCCCACUCAUGGAGCACCCAGAGCGUCCCCGAUCUCUCCUCCAAUCAGCAGUCUCCAGGCCACUUCCAACAAAACAUGAGCACCAGCCAAAACCAGCAAAGUUGGAAUCCAGGCCAGAUGAUGUUCUCUUAUCCGAACCCUAAUCUUAACCCUAGAGCUCAGUACCCCAGCCCCAAUCCUAGUCCCAACCCCAACCAAUACCCCCUCACUCUGAACCCUUCCCCCCACCCUUCCCCUCUCCAUCCAUAUGCCAGUCUUCCCAACCUCCAUCACCACCACGGCCACUCCGUGAACCACCAUUCCAGUCUGACCAGUCUCCACCAUCCUACAACUCCCACAAUCCCCCAGCAUGGCAGCAUCUCCAACUUACACCAGCCCUCAACUUCCCCACUGCCUCACCACGUCAAUCUGGGUAACCUGCAUCCUGGAACUCCCAUGAUGCACCACCAGGGCUAUAACCAACCAUACAAUCAUCUGUCACCUUACCAUGCUACUCCUCACGGCUCACAGUUUGCUUCGCCCUACCUUGGUUACCAUGGCUACAACACAAACCCACACCUGCCGUUUCCCAACCCUGUCGCCCAGUAUCCUCUGUUGGGGCCAGAGCACGGUCUCCACCCGGGUCUCGCUCCUCCUCCUGCUCCAGGCUUCUUCCCAGGCCUUGCUUCAACCCUCAGCCAAGGUCACAGCCUCCACCCAGGGCUUGCUCCUCCUACUUCUCUAGGACUGGGACCCAGCCAGGGCCCAUCCAGUACUGAGAUGCAGCUGAAGGAGUUCUGCACUGAUAUCAGAGGAACAGUUCAGAGUCUGAACCAGAGCCGUGCCAACACUCCAGAUGCAUUCAGUGAGCACAGAGCAGUUCUGCCCAGCCACCAGUCUUUGGCAGAGUUUCAACAGAAGAGACGGAGUCUGAACUUGUUCCGCAGUCAGAUGAUGGAUCUGGAACUGUCAAUCAUCCGGCAGCAAGCUCUAGUCUAUAAACACCUGAGCCCUGCUGACAGGUUGGAGGUUGAGCAGCUUCAGUCUCUGAGAUCAGCCGUCAGAGAGGAACUGCAGGAGCUGGAACGACAGCUGGAAGACAGACUGAUAGAGCUUACACAUCACACACAACACGGGGGUCUCCAUAGAGACAGUGUUGACAGUCUGUCCACUUCCUCUGCACUGAGAGCCAUGGAGCCGGUGUCAGACCUCCUCAGAGAGCAGCUCUUCCUCCAAUCAGAGCUCAGCUACGAUGCUCAUGCUCCCUCCACCAACCCCUCCUCUCGAUCGUCCAGUCCCGUCCGAGGAGGAAGAGGAGGAGGAGGAGAAGAGGGCGAGCAGAGACAAGGCGUGUACCGGGCAUCAAUCAACAUUACCCCAGUCCUCCCUUCUCGACCCCACACACACACCGCGGAAGAGGAAGAGAAAGAGGAGGGAGAGAGGGAUGGAGGACGAAGGGGAAGUGGAGAUGCAGGUGGAGAAAGAUCAGAGGAGGGGGGAGCAGCAGGAGGAGUUACAGUGGAGAAGAACCUGCAGCAGCUCAUCAGAGAGAUUCGAGAGAGCGUGGCGCAGGAGGUCCGACGGGAGAUCUACAGCGAGCUGCUGGCUGCCGUGUCGCCGCGGCAAUCGCCCCUACCCACCAGACAGCGCCCCCUGUAGUCACGCCAACAGCAGAGCACCACCCCUUUGACUUUCAGCCUUAGUAACCACAGCCUGAGCAGCACCACUGUCUGUCUGUAACACUGUAAAGCUGAGUAACACUGUCUGUGUGGAACACUAUGUGUCUGUAACACUGUAUGUCUAUAACACUGAUGAUGAAAUGAACGCCUACAUGUGAUGACCCCACCCACCUCACCUUUGGCCUGCCCUGCUGUUCACCAGCACACUUGUCUGUGAGAGGUGGAGGGCAGAGCCUCAGACAGGACGCAGAGAGGACGUUUCCACUGUCUAGUUGAUUUUACUGAGGUGGUGUGAUGCAUGCUGGGAACGCCAGUCUGGACCAGCCUGUCCACGCGUCCUCCUCCAGUGUCUAUUUCCCCGUGAGCCAUCAGAAAUGUUUUGGUUUUUUUUCUCUCACUUCUGUUUCUUUUUUCUAAACUGUUGUGAUCAAAAGUCAGGCCUAAAACUACUACCACUGCCAUCAUACUAUGAAAACUACUAGCUCAGUCUGAGAUCAGAUGUUAGCAGAGUUCAUGUCCUAAUAUUUUUUAUCACAUAAUACAGUUACACUACAAGUCUGUAGUAAUAAUAAUAAUUAUGGUAAUAACAGUAAUAAUAAUAAUAACAAUAAUAACAAUAAUAAUAAUAAUAAUAAUGUGGCUAAAACUCUGUUUAGGACACUGUUUUAAAUUAUUCACAAACUGAUCAGGGUUAAAUGUGAUGGUUUAGAACUACAGUGGUGAAACGGGUGGUUCACUCUUAUUUACAAAAAAAUGUAAACAUUUCCUCUCAUCCUCAGUUCCAUUUUUUGAAAAGGAUUUUAUUAUGCUGUGAACUCCACAAAUGAAAUUCCAUCGUCUUCCUUUGUACUCAGGUGGAGACAGACAACUCAAAACUAGGACAAAUAUCCAAGUUUUGGGAUAUAAAAAUAUCUGCAUGACCACUUGAGGAAAGGGAGAAGAUCUAUUUCUUUUUUCAUAAUUUGUCUAAAUUGAGCCUUAAAAUGUGUUGUCAGAGCAAUACACAGGGGAUGACCUUCCCUUUAAAAAUACUGCAGAUGCCUUAAUUGUCUUUUAAUCUAUGCACUCAUACCUUUUUGUAAGGGGUUACAUUCCUUAAUCUUUAAUGAGUCUGCUUAGGGUCAAAUUGAGCUCUUUUACACCUUAAAGUUAUUCAUUCCAUGCACAUUUCAGCUUCACGUAAGAAAGUCUUUAGAGGGUUUUGAGGUAUCAUUAAUAUGUGUCAUUAAUAUUAUGAUGCUGCAGCUGUCAACAUUCCUCCCUCUUCAUCAUUAUCAUCAUCAUCAUCGUCAUCGUCAUUAUGCUUCGCUUCCCCUUGUAACUUCACAGCUGAUUCUAUUCAUGUCCAUGUUUUCCCUGAUGAGACAUCUGCUCAGUUCGACUCGAUACGAACGUAUUUAGGUCACAGGAACCUAGUGUUUCCAACAUUUGAAAGUGAGGUUGUGUUUGAAAAGCUAAAAGCGCCACUCCACCUGAGGUUCACUUGCGCAGGUGUUGUAGCAGAGGCUACCAAAAGUCCUUAUUAUCAAUCAUUUCUCAAUAUAACCUCAGGUAAACUGUACUGUAAAGAGGGCUGUAUGACAGGAACUUUGAGAUCACUGCUCCUAGCAGUUGUUAGCUAACAAAUAGCUCCAAGGCUAACUGCCGCUAAAACCACAAUAUCUGCUGUUUAUUUGUUUCUGUUUCUAAACCGCUUUAAUAAACAAGAUACAACAUGCAAAUCAGGCAGGGUUGGAGUUGUUGUAGGAUGGAUUGUUUUCUUGAGGCUAGGAAUUUCCCCCCAGCUGCUAGUCUUUGUGCUAAGCUAAGCUAAAUAUGUCCUGAACACAAGGAUUUUUUUUUUUUUUUUAAAUAGUAUGACUGUUCCUUUAACACACGUUGGUUGUAACUGAGCAUGUGAUGAGAUCAGAGUGAGAUGUCAUGAGGUACUGUGGAGGUCAGGCUUAGAGGUCAAAGGUUAUUCUUCAGCAGCAGCAGGUUUCAGUAAGUUGUCAUGGCAAUGAUGAUGAUGAUGAUGGUGAUGAUGUAAUGACUUGUAAGAGGGAGGGGCUUAGUGAGCAGCCAGCGUAGCCCAAGCCUUAGCAGCAUUAGCAUGUUAGCCUCAUGGUGUCUGAUGACAAAUCUGUGUGCAAUAAGAGGAACAUAUAGUAUAUUCUGAUUACUGAGAUUAUUGUUGAUAAAUUAUCAAUAAAUCAUCGCCAACAUUUCAGAGGUGAUCAGUUAUCCUGCACCACUUCAGCACAAACUGUCUAGCUGCAUGUCCUGUACAAAUUAAUCUGGAGCUUGCUGGUUUUAUUGAGAUGAACUCUUGUUUGCAUCUUCACAUAGAAUCCACAGAACCAACUGAUCACUGAACAAGUAAUCACCACUGAGCAUUUGUCUUCUUCAGCAUUUAAGCCUGUAUGUAUUGUCUGUGUGGUCACUCAGAGGUUUCCAAUACAUGGUCAGUUACUUAAGACAGAAAGUCUAAGUAGCUGAGGUGAAACAAGCACUCGGCACCCACCAUAGCAGAGUGUGUUUGGCUGAGAGACCGAUCAAAAUCAUCAACUACCCCUAAAUACCUCUUUUUUUUUUUAUUCUUCUUAAUGGAAAAAUGAUUCAGAAAAUUUCCACACAGACUUGCAUUAGAAUUGAUGUUAUCUACUGAACUUUGUGUGCAUUAAUGUUCAUUCUUGAUCAUUUGGGAGCAAUUUAGAGAGAAUCUAAGAUCAAGGGUCCACUUAAUAAUAAUUUGGAGUUUUCAGACACAUCUGAAAGUCUUUAUUCAGCAGGUGGAGUUGGCUCAGGUGUGAUCACAUGACCUGAAUGUGAACUUUCAACCAUGUGAAUUCUCCAAGUCGUUAUUAACUUGACCUGUAACUUUUGAUUCUCCAUUGUUUAUUGAAUGUGUGUUCAUAGAAAUUUUUUUACUGUCAUGUUUCACUGAUCACAAUCUCUGCUCUGCUGGACAAACACUCACUGUGAGCUCAGAGGCUCUUCAUUCUUUUUUUUUUUUUUAACUGAGCAAAGAUCUUCUUUCACUCACUUCUAAUUACACUUUACUGUCUGACUGUUGGUGUCUAUUAAUUCCUCUGUAUGUGUAUUUUGUAUCGAUGUCUUGUCAGUGGGAUGCAGGGAGAGAUCAUUCUGUAGAGAUGAGAAUAAUAAAGAUGUAUUUAUUUUCAGUACA